AUGAGGAAGCCAUGCAACUUUACUUUGUAUUAUUCUCUAUUUGUGACUUUCAUGAUCAUGUUUGUAGUCGUAAAUUCACAAUUAACAACUGAUUUUUAUGCAAAAACAUGUCCAAGUGUUCUCAAAGUUGUUCGUAAAGAAGUCCAAAAUGCAAUCAAGAAUGAAAUGAGAAUGGCAGCUUCAUUGCUUCGUCUUCAUUUUCAUGAUUGCUUUGUUAAUGGGUGUGAUGGAUCAUUGUUGUUGGAUGGUAAUAGCACCACAAGUGAAAAGUUUGCAGCAGGGAACAUAAAUUCUGCUAGAGGUUUUGAAGUGAUAGACAAUAUUAAGAAAGCUGUUGAAGAUGCAUGCAGUGGAGUUGUUUCUUGUGCUGAUAUACUUGCUAUUGCUGCUAGAGAUUCUGUCCUAUUAAGUGGAGGACCAACAUGGAAAGUGAGAUUGGGAAGAAGGGAUGGAUUAAUUGGUAAUGUAUCAGGAGCAAAUAGUGGACUUCCAGCUCCUUUUCACUCUCUCAAUACUAUCAUUUCCAUGUUCCAAGUUGUUGGACUCAAUGUUACUGAUGUUGUCAGCUUAUCAGGUGCUCAUACAAUUGGUCUAGCAAAAUGUGCAACUUUUGAUAACAGAUUAACAAACUUCAGUGGAUCAGGUGGACCAGACACAACCCUAGACACCACCCUAGUGACUGAACUCCAAAACUUAUGCCCUUCCACAAGUGAUGGAAACAACACAGCCCCACUUGACAGGAACUCCACUGACUUAUUUGACAAUCACUACUUCAAAAACUUGCUUAAUCAAAGAGGACUUCUUGAAUCUGACCAAAUAUUGUAUUCUAGUAAUGAUGCUAUACCAACAACUAAAACAUUGGUAGAAACUUAUAGUAAUAGUUCAAGUGUCUUUUUUAGUGACUUUGUUAAUUCUAUGAUUAAGAUGGGAAAUAUUAGCCCUCUUACUGGAUCUAAUGGGGAGAUUAGAAAGAAUUGUAGGGUAAUUAAUUAGUCAAUGUUGUUCUUGCACUCUAUAAUUUGUAAGUGCUUGAAUGAAGGGUUUUAUAAUUACUAUAUGUUAUAAUAAUAAUAAUAAUAAUAAGAUAAA